CUCUUGCCCAUUUUGCAACACAAGUGCUUGGAUAAGGAUUGACUGAUCAGGGAGUCUAUCCCUCACACGCCUUGUGCGUGCUGACAAUAACCGAUAAAUGAUCAACAACAUUUUGUAGAGAGGGGGAUAAGUGCUGUCCCAUUCCUGUUUGUAGCAUCCGGAGCCCUUUCAGACUCUCACACUCACUCACUUACAGCUGACGUCAGUUAAGUCAGUGAGGGUUCAGGGCUUGAGUCUUUAGGGGCCGGAUUGGAAUUGGGCCAAAAUGUAUCUAUGGUCGGUCCUUAAAGAGGAUUUUACUUUGAAAUUAGUACCCCGGAAAUGAUCGUCGACGUGUUUCCGGCCUCAACAUCGGGAGCAGUUAGCAGAGAGAAACCGUUAGUUGCAUCAAAUAACGGUAGAAACACCGAUGACUUAGUUCGUUAAUCAGAGAUGGACCGACACCGGAAACAACUGGAAGUGGUUUUAAAACCGGAAGCGAAGCCGCGAGGUGAAGUUUUAGCUUCAGACGUCCAGGAAGUGAUGGUGGGUGCAGACGUCCAGCAGCUGUUGGUGGUUAAAGAAGAGGUUCUCCCUGAGCAGCAGGAGUGGAGCUCCAGUGUGGACCAGGAGGACCCAGAGCCCCCACACAUUAAAGAGGAAGAGGAGGAACUGUGGAGCAGUCAGGAGGGAGAGCAGCUUCAAGGGCUGGAGGAGGCUGAUAUCACCAAGUUCACAUUCACUCCUGUCCCUGUGAAGAGUGAAGAUGAUGAAGAGAAACCUCAGUCUGAGGGACACCACUGUGGAGGACCAGGACCAGGACCAGGACCAGACAGGAACUCACAUCCAGAACCAGAUUUAGAACCAAAUACUGAGGACGAGAAGCCUGACGAUUCUUUAGUAGCUGAAGUACGACCGGUGUCCAGAGACUCUUCUGAGGCUGAGACUGAUGACAGUGAUGAUUGGACGGAGACCAGAGAACCUCAGUCAGGUUCAAACUCUCUGAAAAACGAUAAAGUACCUGUCUGUGAUUCUAGACGUAGCGCUGUUGAGAAACCAUUGAUCUGUUCCAUUUGUGGUAAAACCUUUAAACGAAAACGAGACCUGGAGGAUCACAUGAGAACUCACACGGGAGAAAAACCCUUCAGCUGCUCAGAGUGUGGGAAACGAUUUGGCUUCAAGUCCCAAAUAAAGGAACACAUGAGAACGCACACGGGAGAGAAACCAUUCAGCUGCUCGGACUGCGGGAAAAGCUUUGGCUGUAAGGCGAACCUGAAGCGACAUGUCAUCACGCACACGGGGGAGAAAAACUUCAGCUGCUCAGUGUGUCAGAAGUCGUUCACGGAGAGUGGGAGUUUACAGAAACACCUGAGGAUCCACACCGGAGAGAAACCGUUCAGCUGCUCCGUUUGCGGGAAAAGUUUUAUACAAAAUGAAGUUCUGAAGACGCACAUGAGAACUCACACGGGAGAGAAACCCUUCAGCUGCUCAGUUUGUGGGAAAUGUUUCAUGCACAAGGCAAGUCUGACGAGUCACAUGGGGCAUCACGCUGGGGGCAAACGAUUCAGCUGUGGCGUCUGUAACCACAGGUUCACCUGGCUUUAUCAGCUCAGGAAUCAUCAGUUCUUCUCGUGUCAGACAUCACAGGAGAGCAAAGACGCGGAGCCUCCAGCCAGGAAGUCAGAUCCAGAUUUACAACUUGAUACUGAUGACAAGACUGGAGACUCUUUAGUUGCUGAAAUUGAAGUCAGUAUUGAUGACUGGAAGGAGACCGGAGAACAGUCAGGUUUAAACUCUCUGAGAAGUGAUGAAGUUUGUAACACUCGCUCUGAAUGUAUAGAUACAAUGUAUAAAGUCCAAAUGCUGAGAGCGUUGGUGAAGCAGCGACUAACUGCGGCUGCUGAAGAGAUAUUUGGGCUGUUUGAAAGAACGAUAGCAGAGUACGAGGAGCAACUUUGUCGCUCAAAAGAGGAGAACGAGCGACAACGGAAACUACUGGACGCUGUUUACAACCCUCAGCUCAGGUUACACAGAGCAGAGGUCCAGCAGCAGCUGUUGGUGGUUAAAGAAGAGGUUCCCCCUGAGCAGCAGGAGUGGAGCUCCAGUGUGGACCAGGAGGACCCAGAGCCCCCACACAUUAAAGAGGAAGAGGAGGAACUGUGGAGCAGUCAGGAGGGAGAGCAGCUUCAAGGGCUGGAGGAGGCUGAUAUCACCAAGUUCACAUUCACUCCUGUCCCUGUGAAGAGUGAAGAUGAUGAAGAGACACCUCAGUCUGAGGGACACCACUAUGGAGGACCAGGACCAGUGCCCAGAGACUCUGAUCCAGAUUUAGAACCAGAUACUGAGGACAAGAAGUCAGAUGAUUCUUUAGUCGCUGAGAUUGAAGUCAGUAUUGAUGACUGGAAGGAGACCAGAGAACCUCAAAAUGAUGAUGUCUCUGUCAGCGAUUUGAAAAGUAGCGCUGGUGAAAAACCAUUCAGCUGCUCUGACUGCGGGAAAAGAUUUGGUAAAAAAGCGAGUCUGAGGAAACACAUGAGCAUUCACACAGGAGAAACUUUCAACUGCUCAGUUUGUGACAAAACAUUCCCCCGCAAGGACUACUUAGUUUAUCACAUGCGCAGCCACACAGGAGAGAAACCAUACAGCUGCUCCGUCUGCAAGAAAGAUUUCACCCAGAGUGGAAAUUUACACGAACACAUGAGAAUCCACACGGGAGAGAAACCGUUUGGCUGCUCUGUGUGUGGCAAAGAAUUCACCGGAAGCGCGAAUCUGAGGAAACACAUCAGAACACACACAGGAGAGAAACCGUUCAGCUGCUCCCUCUGCGAGAAAUCUUUUGCCCAAAGUGGGAAUUUACAACUGCAUAUGAGAGUCCACACAGGAGAGAAACCCUUCAGCUGCUCCGUUUGCGGGAAAGGAUUUAUCGGAAGCGGGAAUCUGAGCAAUCACAUGAGAGUCCACACGGGAGAGAAACCAUUUGGCUGCUCGGUGUGCAGGAAAGAGUUCAUUGAUAGUAGAAAUCUGGGGAAACACAUGAGGAUUCACACGGGGGAGAAACCAUUCAACUGCUCUGUCUGUGAGAAGUCUUUUUCACAGAGUGGUAACUUACAGCUGCACAUGAGGAUUCACACUGGAGAGAAACCGUUCAACUGCUCAAUGUGCGGGAAGGAAUUCACAGGAAGUGGGAAUUUGAGGAAACACAUGAAAACGCAUAAGGGGGAGAAACCUGUUAGCUGCUCCGUGUGUGGAGAUACUUUAAAUGACGAUGUUGAAAGUCAUGAGUGUCCUUUGAAAAGCAGCGGCAGCAAAAUUGCGGGUUCGGAUGAAACUCUGGAGCCACAGACAGUUGAAACCGCUCUGGAAAUGUUUGAAAUGAGAUCAUCAGAGUAAGAAAGUUGUUUUUCUUCUGCUGUGAACAAACAGCGUUCAGUGUUGGGUGUUGGUUCACUCUGUGCAUGAAGGCAAAAAGAGAAAAAGGUGAAUGAUAGGAGCAAUUUAUGCAGAUGAAGUAAAUGUAAAUACACAAUUGGACACACAUUUCCAAUGGACACAACCGGAAUGACUCAAAAUACACAAAUUAUUUUUCCAAGAAAAUAUCAAUAAAUGUCUGAAAAAUCAUGUUUAAAUUUUUAAAAAAGUUGGUAAAUUGUCCAAAGAACAAAGUCCAAGAAAUGUUGAUGAAAAUGAUAUUAUAUUAAAUUGUCCCAUAAAGUGUUUUAAAAAACAUUUCCAAAAACAAAGUAAAUUAAAAAAAAAAAAAAAAGCUGUUGAUAAAAUAUUCAGAACACUUUAUUAAAAUUUCAGAAAAAUGUUAAUAGAAUAACCAAACACAGUUCUCAAAAGUAAAAAAAAGAUAAAAUGUCUAAAAGAUAAUAUUAAAUUGUCCAAUAACAAAUGAAAAAAAUUAUAAUAAAAUGUCUGAAAAAAAUGACAUGAGUAGUGCAAUUUCACGUCAAAUGCUUAUUUGCAAAAAUUGAAAAAUCUAAACUUCAGCAACAGAUUCAUAUUGUGAUCGUCAAUCAGCACUGGAUCCUCCAGGAACGUAUGACACCUUUUUGUAUCUUUUGGGCACUCACUUUCAUGCUUGUGUGAUGGGAGUUAAUCACACGUAUCAACCAAGUCAACAUAAAAUAUUCUAGUGUUCAAACUUGCGCGAGUAACAUGAUAUGAAUUUUCGUGCAUGAGACGCAUAGUGGUUAUUUUCAUAUUUUUCUAGUGUAUUCAUUAAAGUCCAUAUUUUGUUUUGUUCGUAACCUGAUGUUCUCAAGCUACGGCUUUUUUAUGCCUCCCUGUGCUGGCGAUAGCUGUGGCCGUAGGAAUUAUGUUUUCGGAUUGUCCGUACCUACGUAUGACCGUCCUGUGGUUGUGAAUGCGAUAUCUCAAGAACACUGUGAGGGAAUUUCUUCAGUUUGGCACAAACGUUCACAUAGACUCAAGGAUGAACUGAUUAGAUUUUGGUGGUCAUAUGUCAAAGGUCAAGGUCACUGUGACCUUGCGCCCAUCUCAUUGUUAUAAACACAAUCUCUCAAGAACACUGUGAGGGAAUUUCUUCAAAUUUGACACAGACGUCCACUUGGAAUGAAGACUAAACUGACUAAAUUUUGUGGUUGAAGGUCAAGGUCACUCUGACCUUGUGUCCAUCUCAUUCGUGUGAAUGUGGUCAAGGGAAUUUCUUCAAUUUGGCACAAACGUCCACUUUGACUCAACAAUGAACUGACUAGUUUUUGCUGAAUAGAUCAAAGGUCAAGGUCUUUGUGACCUUGUCUGCCUCAUUUUUGUGAACAUGAUAUCUCAAGAACACCUUUGAGGGAAUUUCUUCAAUUAGACACAAAUGUCCACUUGGACUGAGGAAUAGAUUGAUAAUUUCUUGCUUUAAACAUUAUUUGUACUGUUUUAAAUCGAACCAACUCCCAGAAUUUCAAUGAUAUGACUUUGAAACAGUGUGCUCGUGUGCUCCCUAUGUCUAACAUUAUAAGAUCUGGUAAGACGAGCGACAGUAAAUGACAUGUAGUGAUUUAUGGUCCAGUUUGUGUCUUGAUUUUCCCCUAACUGCGAUGCUCCUAAUGUCUGACAUUAUGUACGAUCCUAAUGGCUUUUUUUGUAAUGUAUAUAUUUUGUAAUAUGUAUAUAAAUUGCUAUUGUAGGUGUUACCCUCAGACCUCCACACAGUAAUUAAGAGAUAUAGUGAUUUAUGGUCCAGUAUGUGUCUUGAUUAAAUGUGACUUAUUUGAGGUUUUCAGCUGAUUUCGUGAUCCAUUAUCACUCCCAGAAAUUUAUUUUCACACAUUUAUCUAUAUUGACAUCAUCUUAAGUUGCACUUGCAUAGCAAUAUUUCAGUUUCCAAAUUUAGUGACAGUUUGUUUUUGUCAAAUCGUCUUUUCAGUUUAUUAUUUCUGUUGUGAUCUUUGUAGAAGCAUAAAAUAUUUUCAGUGUUUCCUGAUUUAUUAAACAGCAUUUAUGUUUUUUUUUACAGGAGACGAGUUGGUUGAAUCAAAAAAAGCAGCGAGUGUUUCCCAAACUUAAAUGACUUAAUAAAGAACUGCUUCAUUCACUCCAUAUAUGUCUCUGUUUUUCUCUGAUCACACCAUAGUGUGCCACAACAUGAAGGACAUUUGAACACAUCCUUUAACGACAUCUCCGUGACAUCUGACCAGUAGAUUCCCUGAGUGGUGGGAAAAGGGGGAGGCGUGUUUAAGCUGUGUGGAUGGACUUAUGUUUCUUAGUUUGGCUUAAGGGGAAGGAUAUACAACUUGAAAUGGUUUCAUGUCUUCUUUGUUUUAUUUAUAAUAAAAUCAGCAAACUUUUUUUAGAAAAAAAUUCGUCAAACCCACCGACAGGUUUGGGGGGCAUGUUUUCUUAGAAUAAUUUUGGCUUUUUUUUUUUUUUUUCUUUGAAAUGUUUUUCUGAGUUUCUCUCGCCAAUUUUGUGU